AUGGAUUUGCAGAACUACGACGAAGACAUUUCGGCCAACGGUUACUACCAGCGGCUGUUGAACGAUCAUUACAGCAUCCUGGAGACGGCCACCGUCGAGGGAUGGAUAGUUUGCGUACCCCGGUUCGGUUCCUUCAGCGAACAGUGCCUUGUCGAUCAGGAGUUUGCGCUCGCGCACAUACUGGUCCCGAACGAGGAGCUACCGGAGACGCACUUCUUCAACCUGAACUUCCUGCAACUGAAGCUGGACGAGCGGGCGCUCACAUUCGGCGAUGUACGUGUGCGCAUUCUGUUUGAGGAAAUUUUCUACCGGGAAGGGCUGAAGUACAAAGUGUGGUGCAUCGAGCGACCGCUGCACGACAUGAAGAAGUACGGUGUGUACGCGGAGGAUGACUUUUCGCUUGGACGUUUCCUCGGCAUCGGCAGUCUCACCGAGUCGGUCGAGUUCAUCCGGACAGCCGCCAAGAAGAAGGAUAUAUUCGGCCGCAUGGAUGGGAAGGUGCAGCAGUUUGUCCGUGCGAACGGUGACUUCCCAAAGUGGCAGUUCGACGAGCAGAAAGCCGCGGUGAAAAUGAUCUACGUCGAGUGUCUUGAUUUGAUACUGCAGAACCGUAAGCUGAAAGAUCGCUGCCAGCGGGAUAUGCUGCUGCGCGGUAACGUUAAAGUUGCCAUCGAGACGUACGUGAUGGACAAGCUGUACGAUCACGUAAAGAACGUGAUCGACGUGUGCCGAUCGGAGCAGGCGGAAGCGUUUAACAAGACGCUGCGCAACUUGGGCGAUGUGCACUGUACGGAGUUUGAGGUAGCGCAACGGUACGGUGAACUGAUCCCGCUGGCAAAAAAGGAACUGGUCAAGAUCGAAGACGCGCGUACAGUGAUAGACAAGAUCGGUUGUUUGCAGAAGGUGAUGGAAGUACUGGUCAAGGGAGGAUUAGGCAAACGGUACACGCUCACCACGGACCAUUUGGUGCCGUUGUUCAUUUUUCUCAUUCUAAAAUCGGGACUGACGCACUGGAUAAUGACGAUAACGUUUCUGAAGGAGUUUCAGUUCAACAACGUGUUCCGGGAGCAGCGCAUCGAGACGGGCGAGCACGGGUUUCUGAUUGCGACCCUGGAAGCGGCUAUCGUGUACAUUAGCUGCGGUAGCAUUACCCGCACGCAGCGGCUUGGCAUUAAUCUCGAGCCCAGGUCGAUUCAGACAGACGCCGGCUCCGUUACGUCCGACAUGGAAUUCCGUAAUGCGGACGACUUUCUCAACUAUCUGCUCACGCUGAUGCGUAACGACGACGAAGCAAGGGUUGUGGAGCUACUGCAGGAUGUCACCAACAAUCAGGCACUGCUGUGGAACGUUCCAACCGAGGCCGGAUAUUACUAUCUGCCCUCGAUCGACGACCAAAAUCAGCACGGUCAGGCCGCGAUACAUCUCGCGGCUAUUCUUGGUAAUGCGAAGCUCCUGACGCUCAUACUGUCCCUCCAGCCGAACGUGAAUGCAGUCGACGCGAAGAACUGGACCGCGCUGCACUACGCCGCAGCGAACGGUCAUCAGAAUCUGCUGUUACUGCUGCUUCAUGCCGGAAUAAACAUUAACAGUACCAGCAACGAUGCACACACAUCCCUCCAUUUAGCGUGCCUAAAUGGCCACAGCGGAUGCGUCAAGGCGUUGCUGUACUUUUCCGAGCAUAUGCGCAUCUACGUCGAUGUGAACGCGGCCACCGAGCUGGGGCACACGCCGCUACAUUAUGCAGCAAAGUGGGGCUUUUUAGAUAUCGUCGAAACGUUGCUAGAGUACGCGGCGCGGGUCGAUGUUAUGAACAAGCUGGGCGCCACUCCGGUGCGCAACGCGCACAACGUCCGCAUUACGAAACUGCUCGUCGAUGCACUGCACGAUCAACGCCGCAAUGCGAACGGUCGUGGCCAGUCGAACACAAAGUUUGCUCCAAUACCUCAGACUACAAUCUAUUUCGCAGAAGAUUUCAACUACUCUAACGACAAUGCACCGGAAGAGAUCCGCGAACAGCGUACGAUAGAGGAGAUGAAACGGGUCGAAAAGGCGCUGGAAGCAAUUGCUGCCCAGGACACAAAGCUGGCCUGUGUCUAUCUGGGACUGGAAGAAGAUUCGUCCCGGAACCCAUCGGAACGAAACCAUCGCAACCACCCAGCUCAACUGAAUGGCUAUCCCACGGAUGACAAGCUGUGUCACCCACUGUGCACUUGUAACCGGUGUGUAAGGCGAUCGUCCGAAUUUUACAAUCUUUUUAGAAAACCUUUCGGACUGUCGGCAAAACCGCCUACGGGGGUAUCGGUACCUGACAAGGUACGUGUCGAUCUGAAUGCCGUCAAUGGAGAAGGCUACACCGCCUUGCACGUAGCUGCAGUGCACGGAAACGUGGAAAUGGUUCGUGUGUUGCUGGAGCACAAGGUCAAUCCUACCAUUCGGCUCAAGUCCGGUGCGACGGCGCUGCAUUUGGCAACACGCGAACGCAGAUUACGUAUCGUGCGGAUGCUGCUGAGCCGUUGUACGGUUACGGACAUCGUAGACCUGAAGGAUAGUCGAGGAGAUACACCACUUCACUACGCAGUGGAACAGAACAAUUUGCAGCUGGUCCAAAUGUUGCUGGAGGCCGAUGCUGAUCGAAGCAUACGCAACUUACAAGGCAAACGGCCAAUAGACAUAGCUAAAAAUAAUCUCUACUUUAAUGUAGUCAAUUUGCUCGAACAAUGA